UAUAAAACCCUACUGAUUUAUAAUGAAGUUAGUUAAGUAUAAACAUCUCAAUGGUACAUACUGGUAACAACACUAGUCCUCAUGUUGACAGAUGUCAAAUAUAGGAUAGAAAGAAGACAAUCGAACGAUUUUCGUUCAGUGAAUGCUUGCUUAUUCGAAUAAAGGCAACACAACUCAAAAGCAACAUGAAAUAAUUCAGCUAUCCGCGUGAAUAAUUUAUCGUGUGUGCGGCGUAAUACUGUGUUGAGUUAGAAAUGUUAGAAUGUGCCUACCAGUAAUUUAAGGUCGGGUGCGUGUGGGUUUCGCGCGGACUCGUCAUUGAUAUUGAUUUCUUUUAUUUUCUCAAAGUACACUCUAAAAUGAUUUAGCCGGAUCAGACAGAGUUUCGGAUUGUUUAUUCAGUUUUAGAGAAAAGGAAACUAUUUGGAGUCGAAUGCACUGUGUGAUAAUGUGUGGACAAAAUGAAAACUAAGAGUUUUUUGCUGUUUUCGACGUCGGUGUUUGCAAUUAGUAUAUUUCUGAUAGUAUUCCACUCUCAGCCUCCCCAGUCUAUCCAGAGUAUUGUCACGCAAACGCAUCAACACAUAAAAGACUUUCAGGCGUCGUUGUCCCAGCAGGAGAACCUGCGCGAUGUGCAGGAGAGCCACCUGGUGCAGGAGGAGCAGUACGCGCGCCUGCUGGGGCUGGACGGGCGCCAGGAGCUCUGGCACAACACCACGCUGCCCGCGCUCGUCACGUACGCGCGCGGCGACGCGCACGCGCAGGCCGUCAGCUUCGUCCGUGCCGCCGCCACUCUGCCCUACACUGUGCUGCUCUACAAUGUGGGACUAAAGCCCUAUUCUUUAGGCGUGGUUUCAAACUACUGCAACUCAUCAAAAUGUGCGAUCAUCGAGCUGGACUUGGACGCGUUUCCUUCUCACGUGAGCGACGAGAGUAUACACGCUGUGCGCCCCAUCAUUAUACAACACGCGCUGAGCCGAGUGGGCGGCGUGGUGUUCUGCGAGGCGUCGCAGCGCUGGGCGGGCUCGGCGGCGGAGCUGGCGGCGCUGUGGGCGCGCGCGGCGGCCGGCGCCGGCGUGCUGGCGUGGCCGCGCCGCGCCGCCGUCACCAGCCUCACGCACCCGCGCAUGUUCCACUACUUCCACGCCACCAUCGACGACUUCCUCUUCGUGCAGAUGAUGGACGUCACGCGGCUCAUCGUCGCCAACAAGCCCGCCGUGCUCGACAUCAUGCGCCCCUGGAUACAGUGCGCGCUCACGCUCGACUGCAUCAUGCCUAUUGGCGCGCAGUCGGUGGGCUGCCGGUUCGACAAGAAGCCGCAGUACCGGUACUCGGGCUGCCACGGGCAGGACGCGUCGGCGCUGAGCAUCGUGCUGGGGCUGCGCUCGGGCUUCGAGGAGGCGGUGUACGCGGUGCGCGGGCGGCGCGCGCGCUGGCGGCACGUGCCCGACGCCGCCGCGCGCGCCGAGCUGCACGCGCGCGCCGCCAACUCCUCCGAGCGCGCCGCGCCCGCGCUCACCGCGCCGCCAGCCCCGCCAGCCCCGCCCGCCCACACGCUGCACCAGUGAAACACCACGCCAAUCUUAACAGUAGAUAAUUAUCGGAUGUGUUAGUAAGACCAAAUUUUUUAUCAUUAUUAUUUAUAUCAUUCCAUUUGUUGAAAUUACGCCAAAAAGUAGAGACAUUUUUAUUUGAAUUUACAAAAUUCGUCGAAUGUAAGAAGUUAAAUAUCUAUUAUUAGCCGAAUAAGUACAAGAAGUAUAUUUGAAAGUUAACAGCGAUCUUAUAGCAAUUCGAAUAAUGUAGUGUGAAACAAGUAAUAGUAGUAGAAGUUCUCAUUUGCCAUAUUGGGUACAACAAACAAACAUUGUGUUACGUUUAAUUAUAUUUGAGAUCUUGUUUUAUAAAUGUUACCUAAGUCAAUUGUUACAUUGACUCCUAAAUUCUAAACGUUGAUAGCAGUAUUAUUUGUUACUUGUUUUAUUAGAACAAUUAUACUUGCAACCUUUAAAAGGUGCGCAGUGUACGUCAAUACGAGAUUAAUUAUAGCUUACCAGUUAUUAUGUAGUGUAGAAUUAUUUAUUCGUUUAUAAAUAUGAAACACGAGCGAGGAGGAGCUGGCAUUCUAGCAGGCCAGCUGUCCGCCUCGCGGUGCUGCUGGAGCGACCACUUGAAUACCAUCAUGUCAAAAUCAAGUACAAAUUAAUUUAGCAUCAAUCAAAGUGUAGCGGCGGCGCUAACUGCACAGGUUUGCGCACAGCUGUGGAGGUUUGCGCAGUUAGCGUUACUUAUUCACGAAUCUUCCCGCAAACUAACGAAAUACAUAGUUUUCAAGUUGUCACCAGCUAUGCAAUGAUCUAGGCACAUACUCUUGUGAAUAUUAUUUUGUAUAUACAAUUUGUAAGAUCAUUAGACAUUAGUUGGUAUAUGAAUGUAGUGCUACAUUUUUCGUAAUAAUUAUUUAGUUUAGUUAGUUGUCGUAUGUCGACUGUAUGACGGUCGAUUUCUAUGUAGAUGUUAUUGCUAUUUUUAGCGUUUAGUGCAUCGAUACUCAUUAGUGAUAAUUUUGUAUUACAAGCCUUUAUCGAGCAAUAUUAUAUUUUACAUUAAGUACACAAUGACGCAUUAUAUUUUGGAACUUGCCAGCUAUGUCAGAAUUUUACAAACAAUUUCAUUUUAAUAAGAAAAUAGACAAAUAAAUGUUAAUUAACAAUCCGACACAUGGGUGUUACAUGAUCUACUGCCAAUGGUUUUGUAUUACACUUAGUUUAUUUACCUCUUCAAACUAUAAUACAAAGUUGUCGAAUCGAGUCGGGGAGUGUGUUCAACAGUGUGUAUAUGUAUAUUCAGGUUUCUGCGUACUGAAGGAAGGCACUCGAUGUAAGGCAAGUGCGUCAGUGUCGGUGAGCGUGGCAGGCACUACUUCAUGAACUUUGCAUAUCGGUGUUUUAUUUUGAUGUAUUUAUUUAAUAACACCAGGUUUGGUUGUGAAACUGUUAUCAAAAUUAGUUGUAUGUGUUCACGACUUACUGCACUCGCCGCGUGCAAUGUGAUAUACUUAAGUAUAUUAUCGUAAAGUAUGACUGCGCGAUCUCCGCGCGAUAUUGCUAUGAGUUAUACGUAUAUUUUGUAAUGUAAAACAAUUUUGUGAUGGCAUACUGCAAUUUAUCAAAGAUUUCUCUACCCAAACAUCUCGAAUAAUAAACUAGAAUUAUCAAAUCUUACACGUAAAUAACGCGAACGUUUAAAUGUACUCGUAUAGAGAACUCCGAAGCAGGAAUUUGUAAACACCUGUACAUAUUUAUUUUGAGACAGAUCGCGUAUAUAGCCUCUAAAUUUAAGGACAUUAACGUUACUUAAUCCAGUUUAAACUAAGUGACUUUAACAUGACCAAGCUGUACAUACGUUUUAACUUAAGUUACUUCCUACAACUAAAUCCGGAUAUCCUCUUAAACUGAUAUCGUAUUUCAUUGCAAUCAUAAUUCAGUAUUCGUAUCCUAUGUACAGUACCUUAGGCCGCAGUACAAUCUAAAGAUUUGUAUGUCCACUUCUGUGCAUGAAAUUAUUGAGUGUUGCCGCGACAGUUGGAGGUAGCAUAAUUGAUGAGACAUAUUAUGGUCCCACAUUGAUCCCGUACGGCCGUAACCCCGCGCAUGUGGCGCCGCGACUCCCCGCGAGCCGCGUGUGUGCGCCCGCACUGCGCCUCACAUCCCUUCACAUGAGAUCUAGUCCUUAUGCUCAUAGGUAAUAAGAGUUGCUAUAAAUUUAAAGUAACUGUAAGUAAUGCGCUUUGUAAGUUGCGGCACCUGAGUCAAAUUAGUGAUGUCCGCAAUUAAGCUUAUAAUUAUGUUGUGAUUUAUAAUACGUUUUCAGAUAUGUUGAUGCCUACACGAGCAUUGAAGCAAUUGCAUGGAUUUAGGCGUCUACCUCUAUUAGACGAUAUCAAUAGAGUAUCGUGUUAGCGCGACCUAUGAAUAAUGUGAGCAGACUUACAGACAAAUAUAGAAUGUUGGCUCAGUGAAGUACAACGUAUAAAACGUAAACAAUGUAAUAUUAAUAUAUUGCUUAAAAACCUUUUGAUGUUUAUAACUCCUAGUGGAUAGGAAACAUAUUGAAUUUAUUAUACAGUUUUAUCAAAAAAUACGACCACGUUUGAAUUUUAUUGUUCUGCCAAAUGCAUCACACUGUUGUGAUAAAUUGAAUAUUGAAAAUACUUAGUUGUAAGUUUCCGUAGAUGACAUUGGUCACCGUAAUGAUUUGGAGUCUGGCCUCGUCACUAAACGGAGUAUUUGUAUAAUUUCCUCGCACUGUAGUUAAGUUUAAUUGUAAAAUUAUAUUGAAACGUAACUGUUGCUUCGAUUGUAUUGAUGGAAUCUAUAAGUACUUUUUUGUUAUAUAGUUUUGAUACAAUGAAGCCGAUGCUACACUGACUGCGUAGUUAUCCUUCAAGAACCGCUUGACAAUACUGACACUAAGCAGCGUCCAAAUACAACGUUAUCGUUAUGUUUAUUCAUUACAAGAAGUACAAACAAAAA